AAGGCUCUAAAUUGAGGUGUCUGAAUAUAGCUGGAGACGUUGUGUUACUGCGAUUCUGUAAUCUGCCCUAUUUCAAACAGAUCAAGGUCACGCAUGCCUUCAAGCCCCAAGAUCAAACCGUUUCUAUUAAGCCAGUCAACAUGAAUAGAGUUUCUUAUAAGCUCAGUGAUUUAAACCAGGAGUACAUUGCACUUCAUUACGUUCUGAAUACUAAUAUACUUCAGCUUUUCUUGUUGUCUCCUGGCCCAAAGGCAGAGGUUUUGACUGGAAUGAAAAUAGGUAGAUUUUGAUAUUUUCUUUCUGAUUUACUCAGUGAUCUAUAGAAAGAAUGAUCAUAGUUUUCAUUGGCCACAUAAAUGAAGGCAUCCUCCUCAUUGACUCAAACAUACAGGUUCAGGGCAGUUAGAAUAAUGUUAGAAUUACAGAGAAUUUAGACUAUGGUAAAAAUUCCUUUUUUCUCACCUUAAUUCCUGUGAAUGAACAAGAAGCCGCACUGAACCUAAGAACUCAUUUCAGAAUUUAGUAAAGCUAUGUCAUUUCUCAAUGAUUUUUUUUUUUUUAGAUGCGAAUGACUUUUCUGAGCUCUGUCUUGCGUGUAGAUUCACUUUAUUCUAAUACAUUCACUGAUGGUCACCUUUUUUAUUUAAUAAGCUAAAAAUAAGAGAUGAGGCAAUGAUUGUGAUUGCACUGGACUCCAGCUCCCAGGGUAAAGUCUAAGCAGUUUGAAUUGACAUUUUGUCGUUGUCAAAAACCAACUGCUCGCCACAUCCAUUGGCGUAAAACACAACAUCUGGUUCAGUAUAAUUAGGUUUUCAAGUAAGCUGAUGAGAAAAUGAGCCUUGUGCACUUAUCCAAAUGAAGAAGCAUAAAGAAUUUUCUUUUGAUUGACAUAAAUACAUGAGAUGGGAUUGCAAAAUAGAGAAUCAGGUCUUGGAAUCACACUUGACCUCAGACAUGACCAUUGCGUAUCACGUAGGUGCGGGAAACAGAACUCAGGUUUGCUUUCAUUACCACACACGUGCUCGGUGAUGACAUUUCUGGUAUGAAGUGUCACGCGGGAGGAUCUCCUGGGGUUGUUCUCUAAUCGAGUGGUUGGCCCAGAAAUAAACACGGAUUGAGCCUGAAGGCUUCGUGAUGGUUUCAAUGCGUGUUUGGCUACUUGGCUUCUGAUUGAGAGAACACAAAAUGAAUAACUCAACAAACUCCUCUAACAAUGGCCUGGCUCUGACCAGUCCUUAUAAGACAUUUGAAGUGGUGUUCAUUGUCCUUGUGGCUGGAUCCCUCAGUUUGGUGACUAUCAUUGGGAAUAUUCUGGUCAUGGUCUCCAUUAAAGUCAACCGCCACCUCCAGACCGUCAACAAUUACUUUUUGUUCAGCUUGGCCUGUGCUGACCUCAUCAUUGGUGUUUUCUCCAUGAACUUGUACACCCUCUACACCGUGAUUGGCUACUGGCCUUUGGGACCUGUGGUAUGUGACCUUUGGCUAGCCCUGGACUACGUGGUCAGCAACGCCUCGGUGAUGAAUCUGCUCAUUAUCAGCUUUGACAGGUACUUCUGUGUCACCAAACCGCUCACCUACCCAGUCAAGCGGACCACGAAAAUGGCAGGUAUGAUGAUUGCAGCUGCCUGGGUCCUCUCCUUUAUCCUGUGGGCCCCGGCCAUUCUCUUCUGGCAGUUCAUCGUAGGGGUGAGGACUGUAGAGGAUGGGGAAUGCUACAUUCAGUUUUUCUCCAACGCCGCUGUCACCUUUGGUACCGCCAUUGCAGCCUUCUAUUUGCCUGUGAUCAUCAUGACUGUGCUAUACUGGCACAUAUCCCGAGCCAGCAAGAGCAGGAUAAAGAAGGACAAGAAGGAGCCUGUGGCCAACCAAGAGCCAGUUUCUCCAAGUCUGGUACAAGGAAGGAUAGUGAGGCCAAACAACAACACUACACCUGGCAGUGACGGUAGCCUGGAGCACAACAAAAUCCAGAAUGGCAAAGCCCCCAGAGAUGCUGUGACUGAAAACUGUGUCCAGGGAGAGGAGAAGGAGAGCUCCAAUGAUUCCACCUCAGUCAGUGCGGUAGCCUCUAAUAUGAGAGAUGAUGAAAUAACCCAGGAUGAGAACACAGUCUCCACUUCCCUGGGCCACUCCAAAGAUGAGAACUCGAAGCAGACGUGCAUCAAAAUUGUCACCAAGACCCCAAAAGGUGACUCAUGUACCCCAGCUAAUACCACUGUGGAGCUAGUUGGUUCUGCAGGUCAGAACGGAGACGAAAAACAGAACAUCGUCGCUCGUAAGAUUGUGAAGAUGACGAAGCAGCCUGCCAAAAAGAAGCCUCCUCCUUCUCGGGAGAAGAAAGUGACCAGGACGAUCUUGGCUAUCCUGUUGGCUUUCAUCAUCACUUGGGCCCCAUACAAUGUCAUGGUGCUCAUCAACACCUUCUGUGCACCCUGCAUCCCCAACACAGUGUGGACAAUUGGUUAUUGGCUCUGUUACAUCAAUAGCACUAUCAACCCCGCAUGCUACGCACUUUGUAAUGCCACCUUCAAGAAGACCUUUAAACAUCUUCUCAUGUGUCACUAUAAGAACAUUGGCGCUACGAGGUAAAACACCUUUGUAGAGAAGGAAGGUGGUCGGGGGAGCUUGGGAAAAAGAAAAGGGGUACAAAAAACCUCCCAGUUUUAAAAAUCUCUGCCAUUGCACUUUAUAGUCUUAUUAUGGAAUGUGCAAUUAAGGAGCCCGACAGUGACACUUUUAUCGUGCCUAUGCUCCAGUUUGAGAAACCCACACCUUAUCAGCCCUGUCAGUUUCAGAGUGAUGAGACCAUGAAAGAGACAUUUUGGAAUUAAUGGAUUUAAGGAACAAUCCACAUGUUCUCGUACUCUCUUGAAGAAGGGCUUCUGAAUCUACAGUUUUAUCUCUGCACAAGAAGAAUAAUAACCUCGCUCCUUUUUAUUCCCAUUUUUUUUUUGUUCCCGUGUGUCCAUAUGAGGAUGAAAUGCCACAGCUAACAUGGAGACUUAAACAUAAAAAAAAUAGACGUCACACAAUGGACAAGUGAAGGAAGAGGAUCAAAAAAAUAUAUAUAGAAAUGGUCUCCAUAGUGUUAAGUGCUAAGCAUAUAUUAUUCUUUUGUUACAGUUUUAUUUGGAGAAUUGCGAUGUAAUCAAUGCUUUGGAUUUUUUUUUUUUUUUUACCUUUCCCUCUUCCCACCAUCAAAGGAAAGCAAACACACAAAAACCCCAACUAGACCAUAACAUUAUUUUUCUUAUUAUGGCACUGGUUUUUGUACGUCCCCAUUCUACAUUGUGUAAGGACAAAAUCUGCAAGACUUUUGCUAAAUACAACCAGAAACAGCCAUGAACAUGGGCAUUUCACCCCUGCCCACUGUGUCCUUUUCAUUCUGUGGGGAUAUAAAAGCCUAUAAAGUGUGAGUUUGCUUCUGAUCCUGUAGGUGAAAUGUUUUCACCCAUCUGGUUUUCUCCUAAACUAGUGUCUUAAGUUAUUGGGCUAGCCUACCUAAUACAUAAACACGCUUGAGAACCAAAGUCAUUUUUUAAAGUGAGGUUUUGUCAAAUUAAAUAGUGGUCGUCUUUAGUUGGAGAGAGUUUACUGAGGCCAGAUGAAUUUUGAAAUAAGAAAAUAGAAGACUGAGAGGGCAUUCUGUUUUCAACCUGAAUCUGCCUGACCCAUCUAUGAGAUGCUAACUUGUAAACCAUGAACUUCUGGCCUUUGUCAGUGGGAAGAAGCUGCUUUAUUCAUUUGGAAUCGUAAGUAGGAUUAGCAUACUCUGGUGGCACCAGUGACUUCUGGGUCACUCCCAGGAGAAUAAGACGUUCUCUUCAAUGCCUGCUAACAAAUUAUAUUCAAUUUAUAGUCCAGUGAGGUUUUUUAUAACCAUCCUAUAUCCCACUGGAGGAGGAAAAAAAAUAGUUAAAAAACAUUUCCUGGAACCACAUGUUCCAUGUUCCUCAAAUUGUCAAUUCUCUCUAAAAUUUUUUAACUUCAAAAGUCUGUCCAUAGAGGUAAUCUUUGUGGCAAGAACGUAGUGGAUAUCUAACAGAGGCCAAGUGAGAUCAGCAAACUGUGAGGAAGAAUGCAGGUAGCUGUGCCUGUGUCCUUUCUCAUUGUUUCUUUAAUUCUAGACCAUAAAAAGUCCUAUCAGGAACUAUUAUUAGCCGAACGGUAGCUUGUUGUAGAAUCUUGUCCAUGUAGAGACUUUUCAUUUCGUACCCCUCAUAAACAUAUGAUCGUAUUGGUCCACAUUUAGCUGUGUUUAUCCCUCAACUUUCUUUCUUACUGUAUUUGCUAUAGUCUUAAAAUCAGAUUUUCUGAAGACGGCCCAAUCAAUAGAAAUCAAGUUUAUAAAACCCACUUCAGAUUUCAUAUUUUGCAUUUCAAAUGUAUGGGCCUUAUGCUGUCUUGACCAGUAACAUCAAUGUGAGUAGCAUGUUUAAUUUGUCAGUAUUAAACCUUAGCACUUUAGAGUUGGUGUGUGUGUGUGUGUGCGUGAGCGCGUGUGACUUGCCUCACUGAUGGCAUCUCAACAACUUUGAGAAUUAAAAAAAAGCACAAGGUAAACAAUAAAGAAAGGACAGUCAGUAAGAGGCAAACUGCCCACAGUAGUUGGAUGUAACUUACCCUUUAUAAAAAUAACUUCUUGUUUGAAUAACUUCAGUCACUCCCGCCCAUAAACCUUCUGCGUGUAAACCUAUGGCAUCAGUUCAUGCAGAUUCCUUUACUCCACAGUUACUUCAAUGUAAGUGUUAAAUCCGUAUGUAUUUUUAUUUUAUUUCUUCAAAUUAGUGAAUCAAUUGAAUGGAAGGGACAUCAAGCCAAUGGGCUGUUUGGUUGGCUGUAAACAAAAGGAUGGCUGGCUGAAUACUUAUUAACUUGCACUAUUAUGAUGUAGAUUCAGCUUUAGUUGGGAUGAACUCUUUGGAUUCAAGGAUUCAUGAUUCUGGAUUUGGGUCUUUUUGGUCUGCUCUAACAAUUCAACUCACCAUGAAUCAAACUGCCUCUUACUCUUCAUUGCCAUCACACCCUCCCUUUCUUCCUUCUAUUCUUGAUCUUCGCCAUAGCCACCACAACCUUGUUGAAAGAGAACCCAUCGCGCAUUACAGAAAGGAAGUGACUGUAGACCGACACAUCGUGAAAGCUUUGUCAGCUGGAAUCAGAGACACGGAAAGAAUACUGAAAAUGGUAGAUGAUUAGAAAGAUAUGGAGAUUGUAUUCAAAGGUUUGCAUUAGCUAUGGCUGGAUUUGUCUAUUUCAGUGGCUCUCACACAGGAACAGUUUUGCUCCCCGGGGGACAUUUCACAUUGUGUGGAGACAUUUUGGGUGGUCACAACGUGGGGGAGAGCUACUGGCAUCUGGCAGAUAGAGGCCAGGGAUGCUGCUAACAGCUUUCAGUGCACAGGCCAACCUUCCCUCACAUACACAACUAAGAAUUAUUUGGCUCAGAGUGUCAAUAGUGCCAAAGCUGAGAAACUCUCAUCUGUUUUAAGGAAUUCUAGCGCUUGCUUUGUAAAAACGGGGAAAUAAUCCUGUAUCACUAUUAGAAUAUCAACGCAAAUUGCUCACCUGUUUGUAAAAGGUAAUGUUCACCAAUUGUGUACCAGACAUUGUCACCCAUGAGUCUGGUGUAUGUGUAAUUCACAGAUUGGGAACACAGGAGACAGAUAUCUACACAUCCAAAGUCACCAGACCGUGCACGUAGCACAUUGUUUCCGACAUCUUAAUGUCCCAUCACGAUUGCCAUAGAGUCCAGUCAGUUGAGGUUGCCGGUAAUUGACCAUUAAAUGAUUGGAGUUGAUGUGGUCAGUUUCUGUUGGAGCUGCCAUUUUUUCUUUCAGAAACAUCAGGAGUCUCUUUCAGAAACAAUAUGAUUCAUCUCUGUUAUUUUCACUGGAAAGGUAGAGAGCUGUCAAGAAUUUCUUCUCUCCUCAAAGCAAUAAUGUAAAUAUUCCAGAGUGGUCUUAUAAGAAGAGGAGAUUAAGAAUGUCAAAAAGCCAGUUCAUUUCUUUAAAAAAAGAGAAAUGAUCACCCCUUUACCGGAUCACAUUAAUUUAAUACCAGCUCCCAAGGGUUAGGACAAAGUCACCAAUAUAAUAAGUCACAUGGGAUAAGCUUCCCCAUUUGAGUGUGGAGGCUGGAGGACCCACAUACUUCUUCUCUUUGUCCAUUCACUGCUUUUUUGAUCCUGGAGAUCUGACACUGGGGAACAUGGGAGUUCAAAAUGAUGGCAACAUAUACUUAGAAAUGCGAUCUACUGUUAUUUUUCUCUUAGUUCAUUGGUAGUUGCCUUCUCCCAGUUUGAUAAUCUCCCUGUCAACAACCACAGCACUGAUGUUGCAAAUAGAUUAGGGAAGCACCCAAAGCUGGAUGAAUUGUGCCAAGUGUAUUUUCAGCAUGUACAUACAAUACCACGCCUCUUAAAUAUGCUUCUUUUAAAAGGGUGCACGCUGCAGCAUGAACUGUGUGCGUAUUUAAUGUAUCUUUCUGGAAUAUGCUGUGUGCUUAAUAUACAUAUUCUAUAAAUAAAGUAAUGAAAUGUAUAAUAGAAAUACAUAUUUCUGUAUGCAAAUAAAUAUAUUAUACACAAAAUCUUAA